UUUGGGAAAAAAAAUUGAACUACUAUUUUGUGAGGGAAUUUGAAUAUCAUUGUAGUGAAGAAAAAUUUUGAAAAAUGACCGUGAGUGAUGUGAAAUUAUACUCAUUGAAAGAGGUUGCUGAACAUAAUGGUGAAAAUGGAUCUGAAAUUUGGAUUAUUAUUAAGGAUAUGGUUUAUAAUGUUACACCAUAUUUAGACGAUCAUCCCGGAGGUGGUGACUUAAUUACUGAAUGGGCGGGAAAGGACGCAACCAAAGCAUACAAUGAUUUUGGACAUAGUGGAGAUGCUGAUCGUAUGCUGAAAAAAUACAAAAUUGGAGAACUUAUUGAUGAAGAUCGAAAAUCAAAGAAAAAGACAAAAAUACAAAAACCAGCAAAAGAUGAGAAGCCGAAAGAUGAAAAACCAAAAAUUAUUGAAAAACAACCAAAUAAUACAACAAAUUCAAUGAAUUCAUCAGCCACAGCGAAAGCAAAAGCAAAAGAAGCAGAAGCAUCGGCUGGAUUCGAAAAAGAUCGAGGUUUCGUUUAUUAUGUGACUUGUGGUUGUUUAUCAUCCUAGCAUAAAUAAUUUUUCGAAAAUAUUUUCGAUAUAAGAAAUUUCGUGAUAAAAUUCGAUUGACUUUCUAAUAUUUAUUGGGAUUAAAUUACCAAAUUGAUAUUUUCUUAUCGUUUAAAGUUUUUAAUGGUCUUUUAUCCAGUAAAUUUAUUAGAUAGAAGAGAAUGUUAUAUAUGAGGACACAAGUGGCAUCUAGUGAACAGGAGUCAAUACUACUGAGAAAGCACGGAAUGUUUAGGUUAGACCAAAGGGGGUAGAUAAAUUAUUUUAAUCACCUCUCUUUGAAUUAAGAUGCAAACAGACUUUCCAAUAAGAUUGCAAGUACGGAAACCUGAAUGGCUCACAAGCAAUUUAUGAGAAAGUGGCGCUACACUAGUUUAUUUUUUAAAUGUGUACUACCCACAAGUAUAAAACUAGCGUUUAUAAAGCCACUAGUUCAUUUUCAACAAAUGCACUUGUGACUUGUGGAAUUAUGGAAACGAACCUUUUUGAAGA